CAUUUUAUUUAAAGGUCAUCAAGAAGCCACAUCUCACCACUGUCGUCAAUGUCUCUACAUGCUCUCCAUCCUUCUUUAAUGAAGUUUUCCUUUGAUUGAUUUUAUUAACCAUUUAUUCACUGACAUUCUAGUACAUCAAACACAGCUCUUAUGGAAAUUCACUCUUUGUUCUUUUCUUCUUCUUGAAUAGCCGGAGGUUUCAAACACUUGCAGGAACCAUUCCUAGCUAGCUAAUCAUACAUCGGAGAUCGGAAAGUCAAUAAGUAACCUUCUCCAUCAUCGCUAUAGCUUUGAUAGCUUUGUUUCUUCAUUCAUUUCUUCAUACCUACAAAUCUCAUCAGCACAGAAAUGGCAACUCCACAACCUACUUGGUCAUGGGAUGAUCUGUCUGCAGAAUACACCUCACAAUCUUCUCGCCAAAGUCAGAACGACGCAUUCACAGCGGACGAGCAUACGCAACAAGAAGCUCCUGUACCGGAACCAGAGCCGGAACCAACACGUCGAAGAUAUUACCCAUCCCGACUAUGUCGAAUUUGCCUGGAAACCGUAGAGCCGACCUUCGAAACUCCCACCGAAGGCAUAGCUUCAAUGCUCAGUCCAACACCCCGAGUGACAUAUAAAUCGGAAGAUCCUGAGUUGGGCCGUCUAAUGCGACCAUGCAAGUGCAACGGAAGUCAAAGAUAUGUUCAUGAAGGCUGUUUGACAGCAUGGAGAUACACAAACCCUGGAUCAAAAAACUAUUAUGAAUGUCCUACGUGCCACUUUAGAUAUCACUUUCACAGGAUGAAGUGGGGUCAUUGGAUCAGUAGUGCUUUGACACAACUAUGUCUUACUUUGGCAAUAUUAUUUGUUACGAUUUUCGUCAUGGGUUUCGUGGCCGAUCCGAUCAUUAACUUUUAUCUGGACCCGUAUGAUACUGUUUUUUCAUUCCCUUCAAUGGGAGGGAAUGGUCCAGCUCUACAUAUCGUGGAUACGGAAGCAAAUACUUGGGCCGAGCAUCUAUUAAAAGGACUGGCGUCUUUGGGAAUGCUCGGAUUUGUUAAGAUAUUCUUUGCAAUGUCCCCGUUGAGUUGGUGGAAUGUAAGACAGACUGGCCUGUUCGGUGGCGGCCGCGCUCGAGCUGGAACAGGUCGGAAUCGUCUAGAGAACAUCAGUUGGACUCUUGUCAUUAUUGGUAUUGGUGCCUUCUUAGUUACAGUUUGGAAAUGGACCAGAAGCUGGAGUAAAUCAGUACUCGAAAAAGCUGGCGAGACCGUGAUCGACGUUGGAGGCGACGAUGCUGAUGAAGAAGAUGAACAGACACAAGCAGAAGUUGAUGAGCAGGUGAACUCAGAAAAUACAAGGGGAGAACAUCCUCUAACACCUGUUGAUCCCGAAAUCAGGAAAACACAGUGAAGAUACAGAGCAGAAUCGCAAACAUACAUACAUCAACAUAAACUUAUCUCACUAUUUGUAUGUCAUUUUUUGUUGAACCAAUGGCCUCCAAAUAUGUGAGAACCAGAUAUCCAGGAAGUACUUUUUCCCUCCCCAUACACCUACACUUUUCCCGCACCUUCUUAAGUUGCCACGAGAUCCUUCACAGUAUCGUGUCGAUUAGUCUGUGUGCGAAGAAUAAGCCAACUCAGCUGGAGCCCAGAAAUUCGAACGUCUUGUUCUAUUUUUCACAUACCGGCGUACCGCGAGUUUAUUUGUCAACACCCCGUAUCUUAUAUACGACCGGACUCUUUUGGGAAUGGUUGGAUUGAGAUACAUCUUUCUGAUUCCUUCGCUGCGGCACUGGUUGUGGCAUUAUGCUAGGAUGGGGAAUUGGAGGGGACGUUGAUACAUUGUUUUGUAGCUUUGGAUGAAUGGGAUAGGGAGUUGGGCAUGGCUGGGCGGGUUUCAUCGGGAUUGGCGUGUACUUAUUUCAAAUAUUAAUCAUGGAUAAUUUUCU